CACAGAAAAACAAGCGCGUUUCUCAUAUUCUGGACAUAAAUCAGUUCGCCGGCAAAAUCUACGCCUACCAAAAUAACGGAGGACAGCGAAGUGAAGUUUAAUAGGCCUUCCCUCCAUCUGUUCAUGGAAGCGGACGGUUUCGUUUCCCGGCGAAUGUCCGUGGAGGCGCCGAGCGUGGACGGCGGGGUGACGGGCGCUGCCGCGGCCGGGGCGGACAUACGAUGGCUGGGCGGCAGGAUCUUCGACGCCACGGGGGGACUCGUCGGGGGUUUCUCGCCGAGGGUGGGAGCAGAGCAGGACUGCGGUCCGGCGUUGUAUCGAGCAACCCCGGAGCCUUCUUGUGCGCCGGUGGAUUCAGAAGUAGAAUAUGAGGGGUUGCCUCAAGGAGAAGCCACCAGCACACACAUGUUGGCAGGAGCCGUUGCCGGCAUCAUGGAGCACUGCCUCAUGUACCCCAUCGACUGUGUCAAGACACGGAUGCAGAGCCUGCAGCCUGAGCCGGGGGCACGCUACCGAAAUGUAAUGGACGCCCUGCGACAGAUUGUGCGUACUGAAGGAGUGUGGAGGCCUGUGAGAGGUGUGAACGUGAUGGCGGUGGGGGCGGGGCCAGCUCAUGCCCUCUAUUUUGCCUGUUAUGAGAAGAUCAAGUUCUCUCUGAGUGACGCCGUCCACCCCGGAACCAACAGUCACUUUGCCAAUGGAGUGGCCGGCUGCAUGGCGACUGUUCUGCAUGAUGCUGUCAUGAACCCAGCUGAGGUUGUGAAACAGCGCAUGCAGAUGUACAACUCGCCAUACCGUGGCGUGCUGGACUGCGUGGGCACCAUGCUUCGUCGUGAGGGCCCCGCCGCCUUCUACCGCAGCUACACCACCCAGCUGACCAUGAACGUGCCCUUCCAAGCGCUGCACUUUAUGACCUAUGAGUAUCUUCAGGAGCUCCUCAACCCACACCGACAGUACAACCCCUCCUCUCACGUUGUCUCCGGAGCACUUGCUGGCGCCCUGGCUGCUGCCGCCACCACUCCCCUUGAUGUCUGCAAGACCCUCCUCAACACCCAGGAGGCGUUGGCAAUCAACGUAGUGCAGGCCCAAGUCCAGGCAUCUGCUGCCACGGCAGCAGCCUCCACUGUAGCUAGCGCCUCGGCCCCUGGAGACCGUCACAUAUCCGGCCUAGGGGAAGCCUUUCGGACGGUGUACAGGAUGGGAGGCAUUCCAGCCUUCUUCAAAGGCGUCCAGGCACGGGUCAUCUACCAGAUGCCCUCUACGGCCAUCAGCUGGUCGGUCUAUGAGUUCUUCAAGUACAUCAUCACCAAGCGCCAACACACAAAGAGAUUAAGGGGCGACCGGGAUGGAGACAAGUGAGCACUCAGCUGUAGGGCUGGGUAUCAAAAUAACCAAGCCCAACUGCACCCUAGAGUCAGGGGCAUCAGUGGCUGUUUUAAGAUAUCAAAAGGUGACCAAGCUUCAGAUGCUUGGGUUCAUGAAAUGAAAGGUUUUGCUCAAAUUUAGGAGAAUAUGCACUGAAGGAGAGUAGCUGAGUGCUUGCUGUGUGUCUGCAUUUAGAGAAGGUGAUGGCGUUUGCGAAAUGUUUGCAAAUAUUUUACAUUAUCACGUAAGGUUCAGCAAAGAGGCAUUGAUGAUACCCAGCCCUAUUUUGCUAAGCAAGAGGAGAAAAGACAUGAGCAUUAAAAUGGCCUAUUUCCUAACACACGCACAUACAUACACCCACCCAUCCAUCCCCUCAUUUCAAUUCUUAAUUUCCUUUUCCCAGUUUGGUAUCAACUUGUCAAACCUAUCAAGGUUGGUUCAUAAAGAGAAGAUCAUUGACACAUAAGUGCAAUACAUAAAAUUAAAGGGGAUGAACACAUUGAAAAGUUGGUACCUGGGUUGGUAUCCUUCCAAGUCCUGAUCACCCUCUCAAUAACCAGGAAGAAGUUUACCCAUCAUGACUUUACAUUGGGAAAUCCCAACUCAGACUGAUUCCCCUCCUGCCUGUGGAAUUCCAUUUUAGUCAAAAUUAAGUAAAUACGUUCUAUGAUACAAAAUUAUCAUGAAAAAAUGCAACAAUAUAAAUGAGACAAAAUGUGAACUGAUUAAAUUGAAAUCAAUUAUGCUGCGUUCACAUGAAAUCUGGUAAACGGCAGACGGCAAACCAGAAGUCAUUAUUGUGAAUGAGAGAAGGACAGUAAAAUCGGAUGACACCGGCAAAUUAUGCCGACAGCAGCAGACGGCACUGCCAUCCAAAGUUAAAAGUUUUUUUUAUUAUUAUUAUUAAAAAAAAGAAAGUAUUUUAACUUUUUGCCGUCCUCCGCAACGGAAUUUACAACCAGAUGUUAAUGUAGCACGUCACAAAACAGAAAAUAUGGCGGAUUUGGACAACGCAUUUUUAUAGGUAUAUGAAUUGACAGAAUUACUGUGUAUAAUUAAAUAAAACAAACACAAAACUCAUUUGUACAAUCUAAUUUAUAUUUUGCUGCAAACAAUACAUCACCAUAAAAACCCAUGUAGUUUUUUAUUUAUUUUUUUACCAUCCCACCGUUCCGUCGCGCAUAAUGUUGUUUUUACUGUUCCGUUUUGCCAACUGCCGUUAACCGUCUCCUGGAUUCCAGGUGAAUGCAGCAUAAGAUGGACUAAGGCUCACCUCCUGAAACAUUACUUCAUCAUGCUUAUGUUCACAAUAACAUGGUCACCUGCAAUUUAAUUUUCAUUUCAUAAAAACAGCACCAAGACCUGGAAAAAUGGGUGAAUAUGAUGAACUUGCUGGUAGAAUAGAAAACUGCCAGUGCUGGUGGUACCUCAGGACCUGAUUGAGAACCACUGCUUUAUGGAAUAGUCUACAUGCUGUAGUUCCAGGCAAUAAUGACAAACUCAAAUAUCACUAUUUUUGACUGAAUACCUCGAUAAUGUGACGAUAUUUUGGGGAUGACUAUUAUUGGUCCUUUCAUAAAAUAUCAGUUUAUUACUCAUUUAUACAUGUUGAUGCAUUUACUCAUGGUUAUUGCUGUCAUAAGUUCAAAUGUGUGUGAUUUUAACUAAAAUGGGAUUCUGUACCCACCUGCAUGAAAUGCACUUUUUUGGAAAUUUUCAUCAGCAUUUCACGUGGCAACCACAAAGAGGUGCCACACUUAGCUUAAUCCAUGUCGCUAAUAUUGGACAAAAUGUACAAACCAGCUAAUGAGUACAUUUCUUUGUAAGAAAUGGCUUGUAGAUCGCAGAAUCUAGCAUUAUCGAACAUAUUGUGACUACUUGUGCCAGUGCACUGCAGUUUACCCAUAGAAAAGAAGAAAAAACGUUUAGUGACAUGAGUAAUUUAAUGUGGGUAUCUGUAAAAGUUAUUUAAUGAUUUCCUGGUGGCUAUUUGGUCAUUCUAGUGACACUGAUAUGGGCCCUGUCUCAAAGGAAGUUCAGCACAAAACAACGCAAAGCCAAAGCCCCAACAUUGGCAUUCAGAGAUAAUCUCUCAAGUGGGUGAUGGGCUAAAAAUUGGCAACACAAAAACAUGGUAAAGGAAAAUGGUGCCAGUUGUGUUGCAAAGGUAAACUACAACAGCACUGCAAGACGGCGUGAGGAAAGUUUACUGGUGUGACACUGUCCUGUCAUCGGGGCACAGUAAUGUCAUGCUUUCAGAGUUGUGCUAGCGAUGCAAGUCUAUAGAAACCUGCCUAAAGAAAGUUGGUUGCCUAUGGGAAAAAAAUUCAGACUCUUGUAUAACAAACUGAGGAAAAGAAAAGUGUUAUAACGAUCAACACUUAGCCUGUAACGAUUGUGUAAUUUAUUUGUGCACACAAGUUAUUUUUCAUUACUAUUUUGUGUAGAAAACUCCUUUGCAAUUCAAAUAUAACGUGACUUUAUCUGAUGGUAUCCAAGUGAUACACAGGAUAAAACAUAUUUAAAAAUGUUAAAAUCCAAUAAGAAUCAAGAAAAGUAGAAGGAAAGGUCACAUUUCUGAACAUUUGUGUGCUUCAUUUGAACUGUAAAUUCCCUAAAUCUAUGAGGUUGUAUGAGAGUUAUAUGGGAGUGUAUCAUGACAUCUUCGAUCUUCAGCAUGCUCGGCGAUUUCAGACAUUCCACCAUUCAUUUCUACUUGCUUUUUUUUUUUUUUUUUUACAAAAUUGGCUUUCUUCAAAAAUGUUUUACAGAUGGGCAAAAAUCUACAGUUAGGUCUCCAGCAUUAACUCAUUUCACUUAAAGAAAAAUAAUUAUACUACUUUUUAUAUUUGUAAAAUGUUCUUGAACUAGAGUAAUGAAAUGGACAACAAAAGUAAAACUGACAUAAAUUUGUACACCAAAGUUACUAUACAGAUUUGUGUAAGUUUUACUUAACCCCACCACCACACACACCUUUGAUUGAACAGGUAUUUUGGGGUUGAAUAGCAGGGAACACAACCUGCUUCAAAAUGGGUUUCUUGUGCUGUAAAAUCUGCCAUCAUGAUUUAUUUAACCUGCUUUAAAUGGAGCCACCGCUGCUUAAGCUUUCUUGAGGCUGGGCCCAUGGCAUGUCAGUUAUUCAGUCGGUUGGGAUACCUUAGUCGGUUCGACUCAAAUAAAAAAACAGAAACAACCCACCCCCCCUCCAAAAUAAAUAAGUAUUCAGAAAGUGCGUGUGUGUGUGUCUCAGGAAUUAAGAAAUUGAACUGCGUUGCACACAGCGGUCACUGUCCAGACUAAACCGCUAAACUGUAGACCCGUGUACACUGCCCAAUACAGGAAAAUCAUAGACUUAUUAUAUACUGCCUUAUUAAUAACUCAACAACUGUCUGUUAGCUUGUUCCUUAUCCCCCGGACCUUUCAGUCAAUCACCUUUUCAUAAUUUUCUUGCUGGCCAGCUUUGAAAAACCCCGCCGCGCCAGUUGCCCUGUGUGUUAGAUUUGAAAAGGUGUUAAAGUGUGAUAGGAAGCGUUGAUUGGCUGACAGGAUGUUACAGUGAGUGAUCUACUUCUCCUCAGACCAGGACUCUGUGUUUGUGUCUGGACAGAUGAGUGUGACCUGCACACCCACUGUCACCUGUACGCACACCAGUGUAUUUUAAGGGUUCAUUUCAAAAUGACACAUCUACCUUAAUGGAAAACCUACAUUUUUUUUUUUUUAAAAAACAAACAAACAAACAAAAAAAACACUUCAUACAAAUCAGUAAGUUGUAAUGAUUAAGUUAAGAAUUGAAUUUUAAGAAAUAAUGAAAGAAAAGUACCCUUUCUUUCCCCUGAUAGAUAUUUAUUCACUUUUUUGAAACUCUACUAACACUGAUUUUCUUAAAGGGCAUGACAAGAUGCUUCAGCACAACCUUUUUUUUGUUUGUUAUUCUCAGUAUUCACAGCUUCCAAGCACUUGCUUAGUAACAUGACCACAACUAUUACUUAUGGCCUAUUCAAUAGCCGCUAUACAUUGAACGCACAACAAAGGUUUCUCAGAUGCAAUCUUGUGUUCUAAAGCCAUAAAACAAGAAAACAGUGUACGUAAUAGUAGUAAUAAUAAUGAUGCUGAUAGUAAUAUAUGGAUAAACUCAUCAGCUCAAAGCCAGUGCUGUUUGAAAUAAACUCCUAUAUUGAAUAGUAUAUAUUAAAAAAAAAGCUCCGUUAUGGUUACACUGUAAAAAAAUAAAUAAACGCGUUUUUAAGAAAGUGCAAACCCUCCCCCAGCAAAGAAUAACCUCUUAAUAUGGGGUGCAGAUGGAAUCGCUGGGUGACAGACUUGAAACGAUUGUGAGAGUUGUUCUUGAGUUGCCAAGUUUUCAGGAUGGGAAAACCAAAGACUGAAAGCAGUAGAGUGAGUGGAAACAAGUCGUUUUUUUGGGGUUUUUUUUCCCCCAGUUGAGCUUUAUGAUGAGGGUGAAGAAAAUGUGAAAUGCUUGAACACUGCUUGAAAGAGAAACCUGUAUUUUGUGAAUUGUAAAUAAACUCAGUAAGGCAGCUCCUCGCAGAAGCAGGGUCUUCUCUUGGUGCUGGUUCUCCCAAGAGCUGA